AUGGAUCCCAACUUGGAUCUAUUCCCUUUCAAGCGGUUCAGGUGGCUCAUGGAGUUCUCCAUUGACCAUGACUGGUAUGCUGUAGUAGAGAAACUUCUAGGCAUUCUGUUCAAUGGUUCUGUAGAUGCAGGGGAGCACCCUUCUGUUGAACAUGCAUUGCUGGAGAUUGGCCUCCUCCACAAAGUUGUGCUGAGAAACUGCCGGUCUAUGGUAGAAUUCCUCUUGAGAUACUACCCAUACAGAGUUUUGGAGAAAUCUGGAUCUGAACAGAAGCAACAUUUUGAUGGGGGCUGUAACUUAUUUAGACCUGAUGCGAUUGGCCCUGGGGGCUUGACUCCUCUUCACAUAGCUGCUAGUCGAGAUGGCUCCGAGAAUGUAUUGGAUGCAUUAACUGAUGAUCCUGGAUCGGUGGGAAUCAAAGCAUGGAGGACUGCUCGUGACAGUACUGGAUUGACACCCAAUGAUUAUGCGUGCCUACGAGGCCGCUACUUGUACAUUCAUAUGAUCCAAAAGAAAAUCAACGAGAAAUCAGGAAGUGGGCAUGUAGUGCUUGACAUCCCUGGUGCCCUUUUUGGGUGCAACAUGAAGCAGAAACUGGCAGAUGGGCAUAAAUCAGGGAAAGUUGCUAGUUUUGAAACAGAGAAGGCUGUAAUGAUAGCAAACAAGAAACGAUGCAAGCUAUGCGAACAAAAGUUGGCUUAUGGAAGUGGCAGAACAUCACUGGCAAUCUACAGGCCAGCAAUGGUUUCGAUUGUUGCAAUUGCUGCCGUCUGUGUAUGUGUGGCUCUGUUCUUCAAAAGUUCACCUGAGGUUCAUUGUGUGUUCCAGCCCUUCAGGUGGGAGCUUCUAAAACUCCCUCACUUCGCCUGCAUUCUCUCUCUACCCGCCGAGCUGCGACACACGCACACAUGCCUGAAAGACUCGACCAGCGACACAGACUAUCCGGCUAGCAACCAGGCUUCAAACAUUAUUGGAACUGGGACGUUUGGGUGUGGGAAUGCCAUUGUGGAAGCAGAGGACUUCAUCUGA